CCUUCGCCGCCGUGCCCUUCCCGGGCGCGCUCACCCCCUUCUCGGGAUGGGAUUGUAGCGGCGGCGCGGACUCGGCGGGGAUCGCGGCGGAGGCGGCGGCAGCGGCCGAGCGGGGCUCCAUGUUUUCCCCCGACCAAGAGGAGCACUGCGCCCCCAAUAAGGAGCCGGUGAAAUACGGGGAGCUGGUGGUGCUGGGGUACAAUGGUGCUCUACCUAAUGGAGACAGAGGAAGGAGGAAAAGCAGAUUUGCUCUUUAUAAACGGCCCAAGGCUAAUGGAGUCAAGCCCAGCACAGUCCAUGUAAUAUCAACACCCCAGGCGUCCAAGGCUAUCAGCUGCAAAGGUCAACACAGUAUAUCCUACACUUUGUCAAGGAAUCAGACUGUGGUGGUGGAGUACACACAUGAUAAAGAUACGGAUAUGUUUCAGGUUGGCAGAUCAACAGAAAGCCCUAUCGACUUCGUCGUCACAGACACCAUUUCUGGCAGCCAAAACAACGACGAAGCCCAGAUCACACAAAGCACCAUCUCCAGGUUCGCCUGCAGGAUUGUCUGUGACAGGAAUGAGCCUUAUACAGCACGGAUAUUUGCAGCAGGGUUUGACUCUUCUAAAAACAUAUUUCUUGGAGAAAAGGCAGCAAAGUGGAAAAACCCUGAUGGUCACAUGGAUGGGCUCACUACCAACGGCGUCCUGGUGAUGCAUCCAAGAGGGGGCUUCACUGAAGAGUCCCAACCUGGGGUCUGGCGCGAGAUCUCAGUCUGUGGAGAUGUGUACACCUUGCGAGAAACCAGGUCAGCCCAGCAGAGGGGAAAGCUGGUGGAAAGUGAGACCAACGUGCUGCAGGACGGCUCCCUCAUUGACCUGUGUGGGGCCACUCUUCUCUGGAGAACAGCAGACGGCCUUUUUCAUACUCCAACUCAGAAACACAUAGAAGCUCUCCGGCAGGAGAUCAAUGCCGCCCGACCACAGUGUCCUGUGGGCCUCAAUACCUUGGCCUUCCCCAGCAUCAACAGGAAAGAGGUGGUGGAGGAGAAGCAGCCCUGGGCCUAUCUCAGCUGUGGCCACGUGCACGGGUACCACAACUGGGGCCACCGGAGCGACACGGAGGCCAACGAGAGGGAGUGUCCCAUGUGCAGAACUGUGGGCCCCUAUGUACCUCUCUGGCUUGGCUGCGAGGCGGGAUUUUACGUGGAUGCCGGACCACCAACUCAUGCUUUUACCCCUUGUGGACAUGUGUGCUCAGAGAAGUCUGCAAAGUAUUGGUCUCAGAUCCCAUUGCCUCAUGGAACUCAUGCAUUUCACGCUGCCUGCCCUUUCUGUGCGACGCAGCUGGUUGGGGAACAAAACUGCAUCAAAUUAAUUUUCCAAGGUCCGGUUGACUGAUGCCCUUGACAGCCAUCAACGACUUUAUUAACAAGUUACUGUGAAGAUUUUGCCACUAACUCUAGAUUUUACCUUUUUAUAAUGUUGUUUAUUAAGUGGGGGGAGGGAUUGAGGCUACAAAAAAAAAGAGGGGACACAGUGGUGAAACAUGCCAGGAAUUUCACAGAUACCAGUGGUGUGUUGCAUGCUCAAAACAGCAGCAUAGUCAACUUGAUUAAACCAUCAUAUCCUUGUAAUAAUUGGAUUUAAAAUACCAUGCUUUUAUUUUGACCUUGGAUUUUAACCAAGCUUUUUUUCCCCCUUUGGAAACUUAGACAAGCCUUUAAAUCAUAUUUUACAAAUGUAGAAGACAUUUAUUCAAAAGUCAUUGGCUCUUAAUGAAGGACAGCCUUCAGUGCUGCAUUGUAGGUGUUAACUGAGAGACAGGUGGUAUCAGGAAAUACUUGCUAACAGCUGGAACCUGACCAGACACCAAAGGGGUGGCUCUGUAAAAUGGUAUGGUUGACAGGAGACCUGUGCACAGGUGGUUGUUUUGAAAUCUAGAACUUUUUUCGGAUUUGUUUUUCUUUAUUUGGGAAAGAAUAUUCAUAUAUGGUGGGGUUUUUUUUUUUUCUUAACUAUAGUGGAAUUUUAUUACUUUAUACCCACAUUCAUUGAAUACUUUGGCAUUUCAAACAAAGAAUGUUCCAUAACUUGUUAGUCUGUCUUUCGUUAUUUCCGCCUAAUUUGAAAUGUCCCCAACAUUCAUCUUGCAUGCUCAAAACUGUUUCAUUGACUAAGAUGUCGUAACUCUUAAAAUUCAUUAACCAAGGGUGAUCACUGCAGCAGUCCACACGGCCUAGCUAGUAGAAUAUGAAGUUAAUUUGCAUACUGAAUUGUUUAAGAUUUAAGAGUGAUUAAAGAUAAGCUGUUCCUUUUUAAGGCCACUUGUUGGGUUCUAUAAGAUUUUUUUUUUUCUCUUAAGAAAGCCAAAAUUCUCUGAGCCUAAAAAGCACGCCAUCACAUGAUGCAAGUUGUGUUUGUUCACUCACUUUCUGCCAUCUGUCACCUUCCCUUGCAGCUUAAGGAGCCCUGUAAGUUUUGAAAAUGUUUGCAAAUCCAACUAAAUUUAAAUGUGAUCAUUAGAUAUACACAACACCGAGUGAUACAUCUGCAGAGAUCAUUUGAAAUUCCUGAUUUCCAGAGAGCAAAUGAGUGUUUACUGAGGGAUAAUUAAAUCAGAAUUUCAUAUGAGUUCCACCAUCCCUCCCUGUUAGUUUCCUUUCAUUUUGAAUAAUAAUUCUUGGAUGAUCCCUCUCUGUGCCUGGUGUCAGUAGUAUCACUACUUCUAGAAUUUAAAGGUUCUUUAGUAUACGUGAAACUGCCAGUGCUGGCUGAGAUUAAAUAGAUCCCUACUACAUGGAGCUAGUAUUUAUUUAAACGACUUAGGUCCUCUUAAAUUGACCGUUGCAGAUGUGUGCUACGUGUUUUUAACUUUUGUAAAGAUAUAUAAUUUAUAUGAUUCUAAUAUACUAUUUCCAUACUUGAAUUGGUCUUUUUGUAUUUUGCCAGUACAUCAUUUCAUUCUAGCCCAUUUUCAAUGCCCAUUUCCUUGAAGUGAUAAAGUACUUUUCAUUGCUGCUGCUGCUGCUUAAUUUGACUUAAUAUUUAAAAAGUUCGGCCUCUCGGUUGUAAAAUAGCUUUAUUUUUCAAAUGGAGAUCAUUUUUUAGGGUGAAGUGCUUUUUUUUUUUUGUGAUCUUAAAUGAUGCAAAAACCAACAGCCAUUCUCUGAUAGCUUACUCUAUUCUGUAUAGCUUGUUCUCCCUGCAAACAGAAAAUGAAUGAAAAAAUUGAAUUGCCUAGAAUAAUAUAUCAGAUGCCUUUUGAUUUAGCAAGAGUCUCCAGCAGUUAGCAUUCCCUGGUGGUAGAGUGUGUCUUCUCAGCCUGUGGAUUCUUUGGGCUUCACAAAACAAUAAAGGAGGCACAAAUUCCCUUUUCUUACCGUAUGGCUAAAGGGUGGUAUCUCGAGGAUUCCUGAUACCUUAAAACUGUCUUGUAAGGUAAGUGGUCUUGCAUCCAGAAAGGCUGGAUUUUACCUAUCCAGAAAAAAAAAGAAAAAAGUUCCAGAAAGUUAUACUCUGAUCCCAUAUAUAUUGGUCUAGUAGUUCUACAUGUAACAUAUGCCCAACAGUAAAAUUAUCUUCCAACUUGAAAAGCUUCUGACUGUUAGUAAACUCAGGUAGCUAAGUGGAAGUUGAAGUUUGGAUAGUAAGUUCUACGCUUUUGGAAGGGGUAACAGUGAACCACCUUCUAUCAGUAUCUAGUCUUUCCCUUUGGCUUCUCCAUGAGGUCCCCUCCCGCCCUGCCUGAGGAACUGCAGAGCGGUGGCACAUCUGCCAGAAAGGACCCCUUGUAGUUUGGCUGAUGAGAUUUUUUUCUCAGAGUUGAGAGUAAUUUAUUUUGUAAGAGUAGAGUAAUACAGUUCGGAAAAGGUACCUUCUCCAAGGUCACUUUCAUUUUUACAUCUUGCUUGCCAUCUUUUAAAGGGCAAGUCCCACUUCCCAGUGUGUGUACAUAGGAAAUUGCCGACCAAUUACCCUGGUCUCGGCCCGACCGAGAUGCCUUUUUGCAAAUAGGUUUCCAAAAGUAAAGACCCCAGUGAUGCAUUUCCAUAGAUUUAUAUUAUUUUUUCAGUGGUUCGCUUCAGAUUAGUACCAAAAAAAAAAAAAAGAUUCAGAGUGAAUGGGAUACAACUCUGAGUAUUUUUCUAGCCCAGAAUUUUUUUUUUUUAUUGUUAAUAAUUGGUGCUGCGACUCAACAUUUCCCUUAUUUGGUUCAGGUUUUUACUAAAAGGGCUACGGUUCACACUGCAGAGUAAGUGUUAAGCUUUCUGUUGUGUUUUGGUCCCCCCCCCCCACUGUAGCCCAAAAGAAUUAAAAUCUUUCAAUAUAAAUAGAGUGCAUAUUUAUCAUUUCUCAAUAGUUAAUUAUAGAGUUUGGUACCUUUGUGCCUCAGGGAAGCCACGUGAUGUAACUGGUUAUAGAAUUUCAGGGUUAGGGUUUAAAGAAAGGAGAAAGCCAUUGGAAAAAUGAUGGGCUCCAUUAAGGAGACUAAUGAAUCUGGAUGCAGAAAUAUGCCAGGAACUGGCAUAAACGUGAUUGUAGCAGAUUUUAUUUUCCACUAUCAAUAGGGGAGUUAUUUUAAGUCAUUACAUAUACUGCAUUAGGAAAACUGAGAAGUCUUUUCUUCAUAAAGUCUCAAUGCCUUUUUUUUUUUGCUCACAUGGAAAACUCAAACCACUGUUUUUCGGGAGCUCAGUAUUGUUAUUUGGGGGUUUAAGGAGCUCAUUUUCUAUUUCUUAAUUUAAGUGUAAUAGUGGUUACAGAACCUUUACCUGCAAUUCUGUGAUUUUGCUCAAUUUUUCUUCUUUUAAAGCCAUUCUUUGGAUUUACACGAAAGGAUUAUGAUCACACCAUUGCUAAUGCCGGGAAAACUAGUAUCUUCAUGCAGUCUUGCCCACUAACAGUGGAAUUUCUGGUAGACAAACUGAGGAACCUUGAUUUUAAACCAAAUCCAGCUCCGUUCCCUUGGCUGUUGAUCAUAUAUCCCCAUAGGUUGGCCUCUGCGGGCUGAGGGUAUAAUGGAGCUCAGCUCUGUUGUCAUUGUCUCCUUAAAGACCCAGUCAAAGGCCAGUGAGAUAAGGAUCUUUUCAAAAAGAUUGUAAGCAUUAUUGAAGCAGUAAAACAAAAAAAUUUUUUGGUAUUUUCUUUUUAGUAAAACAUAUGUUGUCACAAAUAAAUUUUAGCCCUCAUGAAGAAUCCCUAGGGAAAAGCAGAUAUUUUUCCAUUUUUAUUUAACAUGUUUCAAAACAAGCAAAAAUAAACUCAGUGAAAGAAAGGGAAGUUGUUUCUUUUUAACUGAGAUGACAUUGCUUCUCUGUAUUAAAUAGUCUAGAAGUUAAGGGGGUGGUCAUAUUUACCAUGUAUAGUGUUAUGAGCAGUUAAAUUUUAUGGAUAUAUUUGUAAAACUGUUCUUUUAUAUCUCAUGUCAAAUUGAAAAGUUUAUUUCUUCACUAUUGUACCUGUGGAAAUACAAGCCAUUUUACAGGAAAAGUCUUCAAAAACUAUUAAACGGAUCUCAGUAUGUUUGUGAGUUGUUGUCUUCAGACUCUGUGGUUGUCACUGGGUUUAUCAGGACAUUCAAAAAGAAGUUGAUACAAAAAUAGACUUGAUUUUUACAUUUUUCACAGUUCCAAGUUUAUCCCAAGCAGUUGAGCUUUGUUCAUUAUUUUAUAUUCUGCACAAUACAUAUUAAAAUCUGAACUCUGCAAAUUUCCUACAUUUUUUUUUAAAUUAGAAUAAUUCUGUUGGUGCUUAUAUUACCAUUCCUUACAACAUCACGUCUCUGUCAAAUAGGUAAGUCUAACUUCCAGGAGAACUUAAUCUGGCUCGUAAAAAUUAAUGGAUUUUCUUCAUUGAUCAUUAUAGUAACAUUGCUACUUUUGUGACAAUCUUCACUUUUAACAGCUUAAUAAGGAUUGUGCAUAAGCUUUGGAGCCUUAAGAAACUAGUAUAUGUAGCAUAAGAGAACACAUGCAUUUAUGACAUUUUGUCAUAUUGAUAUUUAAGGAGUCUUAGUAGCAUUGAGGGAAAUAGACCUUUAAUUUCUAAAAAAAAAAUAUACAUUUAUAUAGGCUUAUAAUUAAAGGGUUAAGUAUUACAUAUUUUAUCGACUCUAAGAUGCCAUGAAUUGUAAGAUGAGCUAUUGUAGAAAAACCUAGCCGAUGACAAUUGUAAAAUACAUCUUGUUUGACAAGGAUGCCAAGACAGUUCAACUGAAGGGGAAAGAACAGUCUUCAACAAAUGGUGCUGGGACAACUAGAGCAACAGCUUCUCAAUACAAGACCAGAAAACACAAGUGAAAAAAGAAAAAUUAGAUAACUUGGACUUCAUCAAAAUUAAAACCCUCAGUGCAUCAAAGGACACUGUCAAGAAAAUGAAAAAGCGACACACAAAGUAGAAAAUAUUGGCAAAUCAUACGUCUGAUAAGGAACUUGUAUCCAGAAUAUGUAAGACAAAUAAUUUAAAAAUGGGCAAAAGAUUUAAGUAGACAUUUCUCCAAAGAAAAUACACAAAUGGCCAAUAAGCACAUGAAGAGAUGUUCAACGUCAUUAACCCUCAGGGAAAUCCAUAUCAAAACCACAAUGAGAUAUCACAUUGUACCCAUUAGGAUAGCUAAAAAUCAAAAAGACAGUAACAAGUGUUGGGGAGGAUGUGGAAAAAAUUGAAACGCUCAUACACUGUUGGUUGAACUUUAAAAUGGUGCAGUUGCUUUGAAACAGUUUGGCAGUGUCUCAAAAAGUUAGAUGUGCAGUAGCCAUGUGACUCAGCAGUUGCACUCCGAGGUAUAUAUUCAAGAGAAUUGAAAACAUGUUCCUUCAAAAACUUGUACACAAAUGUUUAUAGCAGCAUUAUUCAUAAUAGCCAAAAAAUGGAAACAGCUCAAGUGUACAUUAACAGAUGAAUGGAUAAAAAAAAGCUGUAUAUUCAUACAAUGGAAUUUAUUGUGCUUUAGGCAAAAGUUUACAGCUCAGGUUAAUUUUUCAUUCAGAAACUUAUACACAUGUUUUGUGACAUUGGUUGCAGUCCCCACAAUGUGACAGCACGCUCUCCUUUUCCACCCCAGGUUCCCUGUGUCCAUUUGUCCAGUUACAAUGGACCAGUAUUUGGCCAUAAAAUGAAGUGCUGAGUCACACUACAAUGUGGAUGAAGCCUGGAAACAUCCCGAGUGAAAGGAGCUGACACAAAAGGCCACCGAUUGUAUGCUGGGAAUAGGCAGGUCCAUAGACAGAAAGUAGAUGAAUGGUUGCCAGGGCUUGAGGAAAGAGGGGAAUGAGGAGUGAUUACUAACGGAUAAGGGGUUUUCCUGGGGUGUGAUGAAAAUAUUCUAAAAUUCAAUAGUGGUAAUUGUUGCACAACUGAAUAUACUAAAAACCACUGUAAAAGAAUGAUUUUUAUGGUGCAAAUUAUAUCUCAAACUUCUUUAAAAAAAAAAAAAAAAAGAUACGUACCAAGUUCAGAGAAGUUGUGGAAAAAUUGUAUCUUAGAAUUGAAAUAAAGUAGCAAAAUUUUUCUUAAUCCUUCAGAUGAAAAAAUUCAGGAUCCUCCCAUUUUUCCCUGCUUUGAGAUAUUUUUCAGACUUACAACAUAGUUGUUUGUUCCUCUUAUCACACUUCCACUUACCAUUAGAGAGAAUGCACAUGAGCCUGUCAAGAAGAUUAAAACAGAAUUGCAUAUUCUCAAGGGUCUUCUUUACUAUUUUUUUUGUUAAGAUGAAAACAGAAUGCUAUUCUGAAAUGUCUCAAAAUCCACUUUCUUUAAAAAGUGUAUUUGUUAAAGGAAUUUCUUUUAUAACCAGAAU